CAGCGCCCCCCGGGCCAUGGAUCCCGCGCGCCGCUGGUGGCCCUGGACCCAGCCUCCGCCGCCCUGCCCCUGGUUACGGCCGGUGCGCUGCCCCGCCCCCACCCCAUCUUAUGUCCAUCGGAUCCCACCGCCACCUCCCACGCGAGAUCGAGCAUCACCACCGGUUUCUUCCCUAGACGUCGUCACCAGCCUUCUACUGCAAUAGUGCCACUGCGGGCGCGCCACCGCCGCCCACCUCAGCGUGAGCCCGUCGCCCCCGCUGCAUCGGCCACCACCCCUGCCUCCCCUUCAUUGCGACACACCAACGGCCACCACCCACCUUCCCAUUGACGCCAUGCGCCGGCGACCACCAGCCGAUGUCCAUCGUGCCGCCCCCGCCCGAGGAGGAGGAGGAGUCCAGCAAGGGGACAUACCAGACUGACGUAGACCCGACAACGGAAAGUGGAGACGGCCGUGUCUGUCCGUCCUCGAGGCGUUGGCCGGAGAUUUCUCCGCCCGUGCGAAGGGUCACUAGAGCAGAGCUACGACAAGGUCAAUGCCUACCUUGCCUUGCCCUGCCGGCAGAGAAGCGCACAGAGCCCCUUGCGGCGCCAGCCGGCCGGCGUAGGAAGGAUCGACAGAUGACUGCGCCUUCUCGUCGUCGCCGUCUCCACGGAAGUGUGAGCAGCACGCUCAGGGGUAUGAGGAGCCGGCCGUCCUUGCUGCCAAGACCUCCUAUGCUCAUGGUGAACGAGGUGGAGGAGCUGUACGAGCUCUACAAGAAGCUCAGCUUCUCCAUCUUCAAGGACGACCUCAUCCACAAGGAGGAGUUCCGGCUAGCCCUGUUUAGGACCAGCAAAGGCGUGAACCUAUUCGCGGACAGGUUGUUCGACCUCUUCGAUCUCAAGUGUAACGGGGUGAUCGAGUUCGGUGAGUUCGUGCGCUCGCUCAGCAUCUUCCACCCCAAAGCGCCUGACUGCAUUCGCAUUCAAGCUGUAUGAUCUGAGGGGGACAGGCUACAUCGAGAAACAAGAGCUUCGGGAGAUGGUCGUGGUGCUUCUUGAUGAGUUCGACCUAUGUCUCUCUGACAGCGCCGUCGAGGAGAUCGUUGAUAAUGUAUGUAAUCAACAAGAUAUAUUCAGUCAUUGGGAACUAUUUUCCCGUUUUCCUUCUAACAUGUUCUGUUCUCUACUACUCCGCUCCUUCUGGACUUUCAGACGUUCAGUCAAGCUUAUACCCGAACCUGCCCCAAAUGGGACAAAAUUUUCA